CUUUGUGAUCAUGGGCUUCUGUAAGAGUACUCUUUCUCGAAAAAGGUAGCUUCUCCAAGACGUUAAUUGUGUUUCGCAUUGAAGCUAGUGUAUAGAUUUUCGUCGAAGUUUUUCGAAGGCCAGUUUCUUUUAAUGGAAGAACAGGCAAAUUAAUUCAUAAUGGAGGGUCCAUUAGAAGUGAAAGAUUCUGCUACAGGUGCAGAAGAACCUAUUAAAUCAGAAGCACCUGUGCAAAAUCCAGAUAGUAGCGAUCGAAGCGAUGGCGCUGUGUCACCUCCUCCUAAUUGUAGUAUUUGUUUAGGCAAGCUAGUGAAUACAUCAUUCACAGACAGCUGCCUUCAUCAAUUUUGUUUUACUUGCCUACUUCAAUGGUCUAAAAUAAAAACAGAAUGUCCAUUAUGUAAGCAAACAUUCAAAUCAAUCAUACAUAAUGUAAGAUCUGAAGAAGAUUACGAUCAAUAUCACGUGCCUAGAGAAUUGGCUACUUUGGAUAUUAAUUUUGAACUUGGACAUGGCGUGGACGUCACUGGACAUCGUUUUCAUUACAGAACAACGGUGAUAGGACAUCAUCGGCGUCCGCAUGAAAUAGUGCUUAAUCCAGAACAAGUUGCAAGAAGAGAACAACUGCCAAGCAUAGCUCCUCAAGUUUCAAUGGGAGAGCGUUUACGUAGACGUAUAAAUCCUGCCGAUUACCGUCGUACUAUUUAUAGGCAUGGAAUUUGGGCUUCUGCAUUACCUGAUGUAUUUGGACGUUUUCGCGAAUGUAGUCCUGAUUACUAUCGAAGAGAACCAAGAGAGUUAAAUCGACUUAUACCAUGGUUAAAUAGAGAAUUACAAGUGUUACUUACUAACAAUGCUUCACAUGUUGCAUAUGUAUUGAGAAUUAUAUUGGAUGCUCUUAGUCAGUAUGAUAUUAGAAGUCUUGAAUUUCGCGAUUUAGUGCGCCCUCAUUUUGGCACGUUUACAGAUCACUUUGUACACGAACUGCUCAUUUAUGCACGAACUAAUUUCGAUUUAGUUGGAUACGAUCAGUCUGUGGUCUAUUUACCCCAAGGGUUUUCAAACGAAUAUGUGUCAAAUAUUGUGUCACCUGCAUCUAGCAGUAGUAGUACCAGUUCUGACGACUCGGACGUUCGAGUUCUUGAUGAGGCCAUUGACCUCAGAAUGAACGUUGUUACGCCUAGUUCGGGUCCCCAUACGAUCAGUAUACCUGGUCCAAGUACCGUGGGACAAAUGUUUCAAUUGGAUAUUUCGUACAAUGUACCAGAUGUAUUAACUAUUUCCUCCGAUUCCUCUAUUUCUGACAAUGAGUGCGAGGUAAUCGGUUACGUUAAACCUCGUCAUGAAAGAACACCGGAAAUUAUAGAAUUAGUGUCUUCGGAUCCUGAAGAAAUUAACAUUUCCCAAGUAUCGGCUGAUAAUGCACAAUCUUCCACGUUUACUUUUUACGCAGAUGACACUCAACCUAGUACAUCCGCUAAAAAAAGAGCUUCAAUUUCUUCAUUUACAGAAAGUAGUUCUGAUUCAAAUAGCGAUUAUACUUGUAGAAAAAACAGAAAAUAUCAAAGUCGUGUCAAGAAAUCGAAAAGAUGCACCACCAAAAGACGCAAUCGUUCGGUUGAAACUAGGUCUCGUAACCGAGCAAGUAGAAAUUUGUCCAGUUCUGGAGAAAGUGAGACUAGAAAAAGAGGAACAAGAAAAAAUACUCAACGUACGAUAAAAAGGAGAAUAAGCAGCAGUAGCGAUGAAAAGAAAUCGAGAACACCGCAAUAUUCUGCAAAAGGUACCGUACGCGUUCGUAAAGACUUGAUUAAGAAAGAAAAUUGUUGCACGGACGAUGAGUCGUACAGCAGCGAUAGUAGUAGCGAGUCUGAUGAAAAUACUAGUAAUAAAAAAUCUCGUGCGUUACGAAAGCCGAAAAGAAGUUACAGUUCUAGCUCGAGUGACUUUGAUACGGGUGAAAAUGAAAGAGUUACGAAAAGUAGAGAUAAAACAAGGCGAGCAUCAGUUGUAAAAAGUUCGUAUCGAAAAGAAUCAAGAUACAAGGAUGAUCGACAAUCUAUAUCUAGAAGCAGCAGUACAUCUUCGUAUACGUCACAAAAAGAUAAAAGAAUUAGCUCCAGAAGACGGGAAUCUCAACGAAAUGGAAGCGAUGACGAUAGCAAGUCUACAAAUAGAGAUAUAUCGAGAAAAGGACGCGAAUCUAUGUUUAAAGCAAUGAUGGCAAUGCGGAGUAGUUCGGACUCUGAAGAAGACCGUUACCGAUCGCACAGUCAAUGUAGCAGUUAUUCAAAUAAAUCGUACACGCGUAAGAAAAAAUCUAAACAUAAAGAUAGGCAUAAAAGCAAAAAGAGGAAACGAUCUAGCAGUAGAACGUAUAAUUCAUCGAUGCGAUCGCGAUUAACUCGACGACGUCCUGUUUAAGACUUGAUAUGUACGCAGCAUUGAAACAUUCCGAUUCGAAGAAUGAUUCUACUAGAUAAAAAGUAAAGAGAAAUGUACAGCUCCUAUGAGUGAAGGAGUCAUCUAAGAUCUCAGGGUAACUCUAAAUCAAAAUCGAUGGAAAUACGACGAUGCAUUUGAUCGUUAAUUUAGUUCGAACAUAAAAAGAUGCUACUAAUAGCCCAUGUUAAUAAACCAUUUAAUUCAAAAUUGAUAACGAAGUUUUUAAAGCAUUCGUUCAUAAAUGAAUUGUAAACAAUGAUGAAGCAUUGCGAAUUCGUAUUAGUUCUUCACGGUUUAAAAUUGACAUUUUUAAUGGUCAUACCAUGAUAACAUGAUAACAAUUACGGCCAAAAGAACUUUAAGGCAAAGUAUUUGUAUUACGCUAUAUGAAAUAUGCAGUCGUAUUGUUUCACUCCUUUGCUUUUUAAAAGAAAAUGGCUUCCAUUUGUGUUGUGUAACAAUUUGUAAAGACUCUGUAUAAAAGUUCCAACAUUAACUAAUAGAUUUUCCUGUUUAUAAUUUUUUUUUUAGUGUACAUUAAUUGGAUAAAAAAAAGUACCCAGAUUCAAUGUUAAAAACUUUGGAUAAUGCGUGAAAGAAGGCAAAGCGUAUUCUAUAAAUGAAAACGAUUACAGAGUAUAAUAUCUCACCAUUAUCUUCAUCAAUGUACAACAAUCUUGGGUAUAUUUCUUUACGAUCUUGAUUCCCAAAGAAUGUUUGUAAAUAUACAUGUAUCUUAUAAACAAAUAAUUUAAUUAAAAGUUUACACAAACAUAGUUUUUUUGUAAAGUAGGUAAACCUAGAAAUGUUAUAUGUACAUUAUACAUGUUAUACGUAAAUCAUAAGGUAAUCGGUUUGUAACGGAUAAUGAGUUUACCUUUUUUUUUGAAACUAUAACAUACAUAUUUAACCCUUUUGCUACUAUUGACGACUAAAGUCACUUUUCGUGAAUCUAUCUGUGGACACAAUCGAUGACUUUAGUCUUUCACGAAAUAUUGCGCACAUGGUACAAGAA